AUGAAGGACCUUUCUUCGGUUGAGACCCUCACCAUCCCCGCCGGCGUUUCCAUCAAGGUUAAGGCCCGCAAGGUCACCGUCGAGGGACCGAGGGGAACUCUCCACAAGAACGUCGGCCACGUCGCCAUGGACAUCCAGGUCAACGGCAACAAGGUCAUCUUCACCAUCUGGCACGGUGGCCGCAAGCACGUUGCUUGCCUCCGCACCAUCAAGUCGGCUGUUGAGAACAUGGUCAUUGGUGUUACCAAGGGCUUCCUCUACAAGAUGAAGCUCGUCUACGCGCAUUUCCCCAUCAACGCUAUCCCCGCCGACGACGGAUCCUCGAUCCAGAUCCGUAACUUCCUUGGUGAGAAGUUCGUCCGUGAGUGCCCUAUGCUCGAGGGCACCAAGGUCUCGCUCUCCGACGUCAAGGACGAGAUCAUCCUCCAGGGCAACGACAUCGAGAAGGUCUCUCAGUCUGCUGCCUCGAUCACCGACAAGUGCCGUGUCAAGAACAAGGAUAUCCGUAAGUUCCUUGACGGUAUCUACAUCUCUGAGCGCACCAACGUCGUUGUUGACGAGGCCUAG